CACUGGCUUAUGAACAGGGGUUUCCAGGGGAAGUGACCAAGUAUGGUAGAGCUGGAGGGGUGUUGAUGUGUUUUAUAUUUGAGGACAUGUGGCAGUGAAGUGGUGAGAAGCUGACCAUGGGUGACUGGAACCUGCUGGGCAGCAUCCUAGAAGAGGUCCACAUUCAUUCCACCAUCGUGGGCAAGAUCUGGCUUACCAUACUCUUCAUCUUCCGCAUGCUGAUCCUGGGAGCGGCCGCUGAAGACGUGUGGGAUGACGAGCAGUCUGAGUUUGUUUGCAACACCGACCAGCCAGGCUGCAAGGCAGUUUGCUACGACCGUGCCUUCCCCAUCUCCCUCAUUCGCUUCUGGGUCUUGCAGGUCAUUUUUGUGUCCGCGCCCUCACUGGUCUACAUGGGCCACGCCCUCUACUGCAUCCGAUCGCUGGAGAAGGAGCGCCACCGCAGACGGGCCCAGUUGAAGGAGGAGCUGGACGAGGUGGAGUUGGCGUUGGAUGAACAUAAGCGCAUGGAGAGGGAGCUGAGGAAGCUGGACGAGCAGAGGAGGGUGAAGAAGGCGCCUCUCAGAGGCUCUCUGUUGAGAACCUAUAUCAUCCAUAUCCUGACACGCUCCCUGGUGGAGGUCUGCUUCAUCCUGGGCCAGUAUAUACUCUAUGGUAUCCAACUGGAGCCACUCUAUAAGUGUGAGAGGCUGCCUUGCCCCAACAGUGUAGACUGUUACAUCUCCAGGCCAACAGAGAAGACCAUUUUCAUGGUCUUCAUGAUCGCCAUCGCUGGUGUGUCACUUUUCCUCAACGUCCUGGAAAUAUCUCACCUGGGCAUCAGGAAAAUCAAACAGACGCUGUACGGAGAGAGGUACACAGAAGACGACAGUGUGAUUUACAAGAACAGGAAGAAGGCGUCCUUACCACAUCUCUGUGUAAUGAGCAAUUUAUCACCUCACAACGGGCCUUUGACUCAGACCUUCAAAGUGAUUCCAGAGGCGGACAUGAAGCCUCCUCAUUACAACACUGGGCUCAAAGCCAACCAGGACGCCUCAAGACACAACAGCUUGGCUCAUCUGGUACACAGUCAGACCAGCUAUAUCUGCCCCCAACCUAGGAUGCCACCCAGGUCUGACCAGAACUGUGCAAUGCAAGCUGCCCAAACCCAUGAAGAUGGCCACGCAGCCACGGUGGCCCACCAUCCGCCCUGGGCCUCAGCUGUGUCCAACGCAGAGGAAAGUUCAGCCAGCCAUCUUGAGGACACCCACGAAGGAGAACACCCUCACCCCAGCCAUUUGGACGCCCUGCUGCCCAGUAGCACCUUCAGGCCAAGUGCUAUCACAGACCUCGAUGAGGACGAGCGAAGGGAGUCAAUGGGGAGCGAGGCCCUGGUCCCUAACCCCAGAAAGACCAGUUUCAUGAUCAGGCCACCCUCUGAGAGCUUGUCCUCCUUUAGUCGCUCCACGAGCCCUUCCUUCCAUACCUCAGAGGAGUCGGACGAGCUAGGAUCCCUGCAGGGAGACAUGCCCAUGAUGCCGCCUGCCGGAGGCCGAAGGAUGUCAAUGAGUAUGUUUCUGGAUAUCUCCUCCAUCAUGAAGAAGUGAAGAGACGGGGCUAACAUCAUGUCCAUGAGAGCACAGCUGGGACACCAGCAGGGGAGAAGCUGUAUCAGUGAUCCAUCCAUCAACAUUGAUCCAUUGCUCAAGUCACAUGGGGCCAAAACCAGACAAAUAGUCGGCCAUGAUGAGACAGCCAAAGUCCAGUUUGUUGCGGAUUUGAAGCACCUUAGAGCGCCUCCAUGUGGCUACAAAUACCAAGGGAUUGUAACUUUUUAAACAAUGUGGAUGUUGUUCCAUGUGUUGGCUGAAUUAUUAAGAUUUUGCAGAGACAACACUGGAUUAGAGAGCGUUCUCGUCACGUCUGUUUGCUUGUGUAACAUGGACUUUGUUAAUUUAAAGUACAUUUUCUAAGUCAAAGACUUGAUUAGAACAUGUGUGUAUCUCUGUAUAGUCAUUUAUAUACAGUCAUUUCAAUGAUACUUUAUAUUAUAUUCAGAUUAAAUGCUUCU